GUAUUCCUCUUUCUUUUUCCACCAAAAACAGCAGGUACACAAGCAGGAGGAGGAGGAAGGGAUGUCCCGUCUCCAGAAGCAAGUCUGUGGGCUGAUGGAGGAGGUGUCCUGUCUCUCGGCUGAGAACCAGAGGCUGAAGCAGCAGGUACUUGUGUUGGGGGAGGUGACAAUACAUUUCUUGACUGAGAAGCAACAGCUGAAGCACUCGGGUCAGGAUCCUGGGGAGGUGAAAUCCCCUCUCCCAGUUGAGUUCCCAAAGGUGGAGCAGCAGGACCACAAUCAGGACGAGGUGUCCUGUCUCUCGGCUGAGAACCGGAGCCUGAAGCAGAAGAGCCCUGAUCCGGAGGAAUGGACGUCCUGUCUCUCCGCUGAGAACCAAUGGUGGAAGCGGCAGAUACAUGUGCUGUGGGAGGUGUCGUUCCAUUUUUCCACUGAGAAUCAACAGCUGAGGCAGCCGGGUCAGGAUCCUGGGGAGGUGAAAUUCCCUCUCCCAUUUGAGUUCCCAAAGGUGGAGCAGCAAGAUGGUGAUCAGGACGAGGGGGCCCGACUCUCGGCUGAGAACCAGAAGCUGAAGGAGCUGGUAGACGUGCUGGCAGAUGUUGUGUCCCAUAACCUGUCUGAGAACAAACAGCUGAAGCUGCAGCGCCCUGAUCGGGAGGAGCCGGUGUCCCGCCUGAAGCAAGAGGGGCCACUCAGGGACAGACCGGGAGCCUCCGGAGCCCUCCAAACAGUUAAAAAAACCCUUUUCGCUUCAGUAGCUUCUCCGUCCCUAGGAAGAACAUCUGGCGAAGACUUUUGUGUCCAGUUCCGUACCUCUGGGAAGACGGAUGGCUGCGAGGAGAAGUUCUUAAAGGAUGUCUCCAAGCACCCGUCCCGCAAAGGAGUCUCUCUAAAAGUGAAGGACUUCAGGAAGACCUCAAAGGACCUCCUUCUGCUCUUCUGCCCCAUAGCUUCCCGCAUGGGCACGGACAUCGAAAACGCCCUCGAGGGACUCAGUGGCAAGCAGAAGAUCCUCCUGGUGGUGAUGCACUUUAUCCCAAAGGACAACCCGGGGCCCUUUGUGGACGCUCAGCACCGGGUGACCCAUCCAGCCGUGGUGCGGACUGUGCACACCCGCUUCACCCUCAAGGAUGGCUUCUACCCAUGCAAGAUGAACGAGAUGGCCGUGGCUGGCGUGGCAGCUGCCCUCAAGGCCCUGGCUGAAGAUCAAUGAGGGGGGACUCGGCUGCUCCCAGUCUCCUUCUUGUGUGAUGUCAUGUUCUGGGAAGAGCUGGGGAGUGGGGGAUGUUCAGACGCUGUUGGGGAUUGCUGCAGUGCAUGCAUGCUGGGACUGGCCUGACUUCGCACAUUGGGGGGUGCGGUGGGGUGAAGGGCUUCCUGUGGGUUCUGUCGCAGUGGUUAAACUGCAGCCCUGCAGCCAAGACUCUGCUAACCACCUGGGCUUAAUCUCAGGUUGCUGGCUCCAGGUGGGCUCAGCCUUCCAUCCUUCCGAGGCCAGUAAAUUGAGUACCCAGCUUGCAGGGGGGGGACGGGCAGGGCAAUGUGUAGCCUGCACCUUUAACUUCUGAAAACUGCCAAAUAGAUGUUGG